AUGCAAAUCAAAGAAAUAGUCAAGUGGAAUGUACGGGUGUCUAUGCUGUACGCUUUCGGUAUAUGGACAUUGCUCGGCACAUACGGAUAUUAUCAGUACAUGGGGCGCAAUGAAGAAAAGCCAGGUAGGCUACUUGCUUCACAGCCGCUCAGCUAGCUAACGUUGGCUAACUAGCUAGCUAGCGGCCACAGCUUGUCUAGCUAUCUAUCUAAAUACCAAUACCAUAGCUACAGAUCACAUUAUAUUAUGGACUGUUAUUGAACAAAGUUGCUAAUGAUUUCUAAUGAAAGUGCUUCCAAAGAUUGACUAUUCAAUUUCCUCGACCUUGCAAUUGUUGAUAAGCUCAAGUUAGACUUUGUCAGAAAUGUAUCAGCUUUCAGCACAGAUUUACCUUUAUUGAAUGACAAAAUUGCAUGUUUAGUAAAUUCUGUAUGUUUCUUCGUCUUGUCUUCCGGCAGUCAAAGAAGAGAAGGAGGAAGAACCUCCAAAUCCUAGAGAAGUGACUAUCCAGAGUGCCCACAUGAAAACCACCAUCAUAUACAAGGAAAACUUUGUUCCUUAUUCUACAAGGAUCUACAAUUUUGUCAGCUCGCUCAGUGGGGACUCAGCAUCUGCAGACAGCCAAGACAAUACAAAGUAA